GCUGUCGCUAGAACCAGGCCCCAACGGAAAGGGGCUAGACCAGAGUUGGAAGCUGUGUGAAAAAGAGGCGGCCUCGGGGUCAGCUUUUGGGGAGAGGUCUAGCCAGAAUGGCUGGCACUGUACUUGGAGUGGGUGCAGGAGUAUUCAUCUUAGCGCUGCUCUGGGUGUUGGUAUUGCUGCUGUGUGUGCUGUUAUCCAGAGCCUCCGGUCUAGCUAGGUUCUCUGUCAUUUUUGUUUUCCUUGCUGCUGUGAUCAUCACAUCAGUUCUGUUGUUCUUUCCCCGGGCCACUGAGGUCCCAACCCCAGAGGUAGAAAUUAAGAUCCUGGACAAGUUCUUCAUUGGCCGUUAUGUUCUACUGGCUUUCCUCAGUAUUUUCUUCCUUGGAAGCCUCUUCCUGGUUCUAAUUCACCACAUCCUGGAACCAGUCUAUGCCAAACCACUUCGGUCACACUAAUGACUAUUCAGAGAAAUACCAUAAAUUUCUCAUUGAACGGAGCUGCUGCUCAGUUUUGCAUGGGCAGCUUCCAUGUCUUGGAUCUGGCAUGAAUUCCAUGAGUAUUGGGAUUCAUCGAAGGAGCUAUGGAAUUAUGCCUGUGGGGAUGGAUUCUCAUUGACUUAAGAGAAAUGGUGAUAACUUCACAAUCAGCCAGAAUGACUGCAUGCACAUCAUUUCUCCUUUUUAUACCUGUUUUCUACCUAUUUAGAAUCAGAAAUAAGAGUACAUAACUAUUUUGGAGUGGGACUUAAAUUAGGAUAAAAUGAAACAAUUUAUAGAAAGAAAAAUGUUUACCUAUACCUGGCAGAGGCCAAAAAUCAGGUACUUUAUGAUGAUCUAUGAAACUACAUGGCUUUCAAAGUCUAGUUCAUUUGUAAAGGAAGUAUGUUUAGAUCUAAAGUGUUACUUUAAUAUUUGGAAAACUUUGUAUAAUGGUUAUUCAUUCAACAUUUUAUGCUAGAGAACUCU